AUGCUAUUAAUUAAAUCUAGUAGUUCCAAAACUUCAGUUGGAACCUCUAAACAAAAACAGAAACAAAAAGAUAAAUCUAUUGAACACUCUCCUACUAUUAGUUAUUUUGAUAAUACCAAUCAUAACAGUAGUAACAGUAGUGGUAGUGAUAGUAAUGAUA